AUGUCCAAGAAGAAGAAAGGCAGCGACUUUAACCUCCUCUCUCUGUUCCUGUUUCUGUGUGGUUUCAUUCAGACAGAUGCUUCUUUUGGUGUAGGAGGCGGCAUUGGAGUCGGAAUCGGCGGUGGUGCCGGCGUCGGCGGCGGCGGGGUUUGGGUUGGCGGCGGUAACCGUAAUGUUGUUCCGGUAACGGCUCCAAACAGUGUGGCUUACGUUGCUCUUCAAGCUUGGAAAUCAGCCAUUACAGAAGAUCCUUCCGGUGUUCUUAAGACAUGGGUUGGAUCAGAUGUUUGUUCUUACAAAGGGGUUUUCUGUUCCGGUCAAUCCAUUACCGCCAUAGAUCUUAACCAUGCAAAUCUCAAAGGCGCCAUUGUCAAAGACCUCGCUUACCUCUCUGACCUCAACAUUCUUCAUCUCAACAGUAACAGAUUCUCCGGGCAAAUCCCAGAUCCCUUCAAAUCGCUAGUUUCUCUCCAGGAGCUUGAUCUAAGCAACAACAGAUUCUCUGGCUCUUUCCCUCUGGUCACAAUCUACAUUCCAAAUCUGGUUUACCUCGAUCUCCGGUUUAAUAAUUUCUCAGGAUUUGUUCCCGAAGCUCUCUUCAACAAGCGAUUAGACGCGAUUCUCCUCAAUAACAACCAAUUCGACGGAGAAAUCCCACGGAAUCUCGGAAACUCUCCGGCUUCGGUGAUCAAUCUCGCCAAUAACCGAUUUUCCGGCGAAAUACCGACGAGUUUCGGCCUCACUGGAUCGAGAGUGAGAGAAGUUCUGCUCUUGAAUAACCAGUUAACCGGUUGCAUACCGGAAUCUGUAGGAAUGUUCUCCGAAUUAGAAGUCUUUGACGUCAGCUACAAUUCCUUGAUGGGUCAUGUCCCCGACACGAUCUCUUGCUUGUCGGCGAUUGAAGUUCUGAAUCUUGCGCAUAACAGAUUCUCCGGCGAGGUUCCCGAUUUGGUUUGCUCGUUGAGGAAUCUGUUGAAUCUCACGGUUGCGUUCAACUUCUUCUCCGGGAUUAGCUCCGAAUGCUCCAGGAUUAGUUUCGGUUUCGAUUUCGCCGGAAACUGUAUUCCCGGUAGGAAUAUGCAGCGGCCACAGCCGGAUUGUUCCGGUUAUUCCGGCGGCGCGUUGAGCUGCUUCAGGAUGCCGACGCAGCCUCUCGCUUGCGCUGCGAUAAGCGUGGGACUUAGAGAGAGUUUCAGUCAUUACCGUUCGUCUCCAUGA